AUGGCUUAUAUGACCAGAAUGGGCGGCGACUAUCGGGCAGAGUUCUCCGACUACGGAUCCGUCGCGGCGUCGGUGAUAGAUCAGCUGCCAAUAGAAGAGAUUUUGAAGAGAAACACACGAAAAACGACGCUAGAAACACUCAGAUCGAAUGGAAUCAUACUAGAAGAUGACUUGGCAGAAUUGACUGAUACACAGCUAGAACUUAUGGGAAUCAACAUGGUCGAAAGAAGAAAAGUUCUAGCGCAAACAGAUUCAAUCAGGCGGCGAAAAAGACGGCUUUCUCAAAUUCGCGAGCGCGUAGAUAUCAGCUGCCGGGAAACGCACAAACGAGCUUCGAAGAUUUUCUUAGAGAAUCCACUUGAAAAUACGCCGAAUCCGUCAUUUGGUAAAAUCCGCUACUCGACUUAUGGAUUGCUUUGUCUCCCUGAUCAGAACGAAAUGAGCCGCUUGAGAGGGGCAAUAAAUCCCACGAGCACGGACAAAUCAACCGCACUCAAGAGGACCACUUCUAUGCCAACAGCGAAACCAAGACGAUUGCUGGAAAAGAAACACUCGGUCGACGAGAAGAAUAUGGACUCGAAAUCUUUAGAUUCUGUUGGAGGAUUCAUAACAGAUGGUGACUCGAUUGGAACAUCUGAGGAACAUGAUGGACCUCUCAGCUCAACGAUCAAAGAUGACGGCUUUGAAACAGAAUCUAGUCAGGCACAUUCGGAGCUUCCGAUUCCUGACCUAGAAGGGUUGAAAAGAGAGCUGACAAUAAAGCUCGCUCGUCCAGUUCCUAUCCGGCCGAGACGAGAAGAUUCUGCACCACAAACUCCAGCCGCCAUAGCCACUUCUAUCCGACUUAUGGGCAUCUGGCAUGCUUUCCAUAUUCUUGACCGGGCAGCUUCUGGAAAGAGCAUUGAUAUUAUCGAUUUGAGAAAAUUGGUGCGUUUGGCAUCAGCGCACUCUGGAGAAAAGAACCCGGAAACAAUUCUUCGCGAGCUAGAGAGACGAGAGAACUCGACCAGAAACUUUGGAUAUGUCGACCUAAAAGAUAUGCUUGUCUCCCACUACAGCUCGAAUCCACUUGGAAUCGUUCCGGAAGCUCUUGAAACAGAAGUUUGGGAAGAUUACUUCCAGGAAACUAUCAGCAAAGUAGCGAACGAAAACGGAAUCAGUCUGACAGUAUGCUUCCUUCUCUGGCAGGUGUUCAAUCGAUUAGCCGACGAGUUCCACUACCCGCCGAGGCUAGAACGACCUGAUAUGCAAAAAAUUCUUCAAAAGACAACGCGAUUCUUUUCGAAAACGCACGCGCGAUACGAAUGUCUCAAUGAACGAGACUACGAGCCUAUUCCUUUCCUAGACUUUCUGUUGAUUCUCUACCGAGAAGCUAAGAACGAGAACAUGAACGGCAAGGACCCCUCGCUCGAGCUUGCAAAAGAGCUUCACACCGUGUUCGUUCUUGAAGAGCUCCGUGCUGGAAGCUUGUCAAAACGAGUCAACGCGCUAAAAUGGAACAAACGGUUCUUCUCCGUCGUUCCAUUUGAGCUUCGCUGGUGGCCAAAUGCUAAGCGUGAGGGACAGCCUCGAACAUUUCCACUUGAUCAAAAUACAAAAAUCACCCAGAAUGGAACCAAACUCGAUGUUGUCAAUGGAAAGCGCCGGCUUAGGCUGAAAGGAUCUGAUGACAAGUCCGUCAUGCGUUGGACAACGGCAAUAAGCCUUGUCUACCGAGCUCAUGCUACGACCUUGACUCCACGCCAAAGCCAGCUCGUCGAGCGGCGCCAGGGCGGCUCAUCCCCCAACCAAACGAUCCACGUCUAA